UGACUUCCCAAGGGGGGUGUAUCUUACCCCAAAAUCGUCUGAACUGCUGUGUAGCCGUCAGACUCAACAGCAGCCCCACGUGACCCUUUCUCCUUUCCCCAUUUCACAGCGUUCCAAGCCUUAGCAUAUCACUAGCGUUUCUAGAUUCAAGGGAGACUGUGCCUUCACCGUGUGAGCAAAACUGCCGAGCAGCACCCCAUUCUCGUCCCUGCACACCCUUGCUACUGAUCCGUCGUUAGUUCCUGGUGUGAAGGCUCCGUCGACGUUAAUUUUCACCCAUCUUGGCUCCGGCGGUCUCCGUCUUACAGGAACUUCGGUAGCUUUGCUGAUGUUUUGCUGCUGUGAUGAAGCUGGAUCUUUGAAUUUUUGUUUUGACGAGAGCAAAUCAGCCACCACGCCCUGCGGAUCUGGCAUCCUUGCUUGGAAAACUGCUGCAUUCCUCUGUUUUCAGAUGAGCCAGAGAGCCUCGGCUACUAUUUCGGGUUUGAGAGCUUGAGGAAGGUGGCUUUUAUACUCCAUAAAUCAGCGGUCUAUACUCGUUAGUCAAACAACCAAGAACCAAUUUCCUCCACCGUUUUAGCCUAUUCCCUCCCUCGGAAUGAUAUGGCAGAAUCACUCCUUUCCGGCAUCGCGAAAGGGGUGCUUGGGAAGAUUGCCUCCCUGGCUGUCCAAGAAGUUGUCGCGAUUUAUGGUUUUGAGAACCAGCUUAGCGAGCUUAACGAGACGGUGACUUCCAUCAAGGCAGUCUUGUUAGAUGCGGAAGAGCAGCAGGCGAAGAACCACCGUCUGCAACUGUGGUUAGAUCGGCUUCAAGAUGUAUUGUAUGAUGUGGAGGACGUGCUUGAUGAAUUCGAGUGUGAAGCCUAAAGGAAGCAGGUGAUAAGUCGUUACGGGGGCAUCAAAGAGAAGGUACGCCGCUUCUUUUCCGUCUCUAAUCCACUAAUAUUCCGUGCAAAACUCAGUGGUAAGAUCAAGGAGACACGGGAGAGAUUAUCCAUAAUUUCCGUUGAGAAAGAUCAAUUCGAUCUUAAUGCACAGAGUGCUAACAAUGAUGCAGCACAUACUCGAUCACGAGUGAUGACUCACUCGUACGUAAACAAGUUGGAAGUUGUUGGAAGAGAUAUUGAUAAAGAAAAGAUUAUCAAGAUGUUGAUGCAUCCAGUAGAUAAUAAAAAUAUCUCGGUGAUUCCCAUUGUUGGAAUAGGAGGUUUGGGCAAGACAACAUUAGCGAAAUUGGUUUACAAUGAUGACAGUGUGAAAGAGCAAUUCAAGUUGAGAAUAUGGGUUUGUGUACCUGAGGACUUUGAUUUAAGCAAAAUUAUCGAAGGAAUCAUCAAAGAUGCAACCCAUCAAAGCUUGGGUAACUUCGAUAUUCAGCAAUUGCAAAUGCUUUUGCAAGAAACCAUUGAAGACAAGAAAUAUCUACUUGUCUUGGAUGACGUAUGGAGCAAUGACCGCAAUAGAUGGAAUGAAUUGAGAAAUUUGCUAAGCCAAGGAGCUAGUGGAAGUAAGAUAAUUGUGACAACACGAAAUUCUGAAGUCGCUUUUAUGAUGGGAACCCAUCCAACACAUAAUCUGAAAGGUCUUUCUCAUGAAGACUCAAUGGUUUUGUUCAAAAAAUGUGCAUUUGAUGAGAAGGAAAGGGAGCCUUGUCCUAAACUCCUUGAGAUUGGAAAUCAUAUUCUUGAAAGAUCACAUGGAGUGCCUCUCCUUGUGAAUACUCUGGGGUGCCUACUUUACACAAAGCAUGAAGAACAGUAUUGGGCACAUAUAAGAGAUAGUGAAACAUGGAAUUUAGCAAAAGUAGAAAAGGACAUUGUGCCAAUACUUAAGCUUAGCUAUGAUUAUUUACCAUCCAACGUAAAACGUUGUUUCGCCGCACUGUCACUCUUUACAAAGGAAGAUAAAUUUAAUAGCACUCAGUUCGCUCGUUGUUGGAUGGCUUUAGGACUCAUUAGUUCAACAAGGGAAAAAGAAGCAUUAGAAGACGUAAUUGUUGAGUAUAUCAAAGAGUUGUGGAAGAGAUCUUUGAUCCAAGAAGUUAUGCAAUAUGGAUCAAUUUUAACUUUUGAAAUGCACGAUCUGGUUUAUUAUCUUGCAUCGAUUGUGGCAAAAAAUGAUUAUUCUAUGGUUGGCUUAGAUACUGCAGAGAUUUCAAAAGGAGUACGACAUGUUUCAUUCCCUAGCAUUCCGUCCGAGGGAAUCUCGAAUUCUGAUGGAGUACCCCUUUUCUAAGAAAGCGAACUUCAAAGAGGUUGCGUGCAAUUACAUUUCAAUGCGGAGUUGAUGAAAUUAUUACUAGAGAGUUCGUUAGAACGUGCCUCUCCAAGUUUAAGCAGUUACGGAUGCUAAAAUUGCCAAAUGGUAGUUUUGAGGAGCUGCCAAGUUCCAUUGGCAACUUGAAGUAAUUGAGAUCAUUAUAUCUAGAUGGUAACAAGCGAUUGAAAAAGCUUCCAGAUUCCAUUUGUGAUCUGCAAAGUUUACUAAUUUAUCCCUUCAACAGUGCUCAAAGCUAGGUAAUUUACCCAAAAAUAUGAAUAGGCUUAUUAGUCUUAGAUGUCUAUUUGUAACAACAAAGCAAAAGAGUACAAGAAAGUGGUAUACAAUACCUAGAAAAUCUGCGCCUUUUGGAAAUUUGCGACUGCGAAAAUCUCCAAAUUUUAUUUGAAGGCACUUGCCAGUUGACUCACCUUGAGCACUUAGAGAUUAGCAAUUGUGGGAGACCAAUUUCUGUGCAUUUUGAGAAAUUAAUCGCCCUUCAUACCUUGCUGAUUGAAGAUUGCAAGCUCACGUUGACCCAAGAGAAUAAGUCCAACUUUCCAUUAAAUCUUAAAAUUUUGGAUAUAAGAAAUUUGGAACAAGUGAUGGAGUUGCUCCAAUGUCUCGUUGGAUCUUGCACUUUGGAACACUUAUGCAUUGAUGAUUGCCCAAACUUCACAGCUGUACCUGAAUGGCUACCAAAUCAUACACAUCUCAAACGUAUUCAGUUCUUCGAUUGUUCCGACUUGUCAUUUUUGCCCCAAGGAGUCCGAUCACUCACCGCCCUCAAAGAAUUGCAUGUCGCGGAUUGUGGUGAACUGAGCAAGAGAUGUCAACAUACAAUGGGCGAGGAUUGGCCCAAAAUUGCUCACAUUCCUCGAAUUAGAGUUGAUUAUAGGGAUGUACAAUGGACUGAAGAUUAGGUGAACUCCCAUGAUCUAUUUGACAUUCCUGUGGCUCUCCGCAAAGAUUUGGACGCGCACUCAAUUAAUCCUUUGUCAAUCUCUUUCAUUUUCAGGGAUUAAAGCCAUGGCCGUUGAUAUUGUACUUUUCUUUUUCCUUGAAUCGGUGUUGUUCUUUAUGAUUUGCUUGCGUUUGUAUUACAAAUUUCUCUAUGGAGAAAGUACCUUAUUUGUAUUGUAUAAAACUUACCGGAGCAUUAUCUAUAUUUGAACUUCCUUAGAACAAUUUUUUGUCCUUCAUUCAUGGAUAGUGUAUGAAAUCACGAUGCAUCUCCAUACCUU